GCGGCGCAUGAAAGGGGCACCGCCUCCGUAAAGGGUCCUGAGCGCGCGGGCGCCGCCAGGCCCUCGGCUACCUUGCCGCGCGCGACCCUCUCGUAGUGUCUGCCGGGCCCCGCCAGCCCUGCGCCCGCCGGCCUGCGCAUGGCCCCGGCGUCGCUCGGCAUGAACCCCGCUGGACUCCAGACUUGCGGCGGCGGGCGCGCGGGGUCCGGCCUGCUGCCCUUUAGCGUCGAGUCGCUGCUGGAGGCGGAGCGCGGGCUGGACUCGGAGCCCGAAGAGCUCCGGGAGGAGAGGCCGCGGGGCACCGCGGAGCCCUGGGCCUGGUUCCCGACGGCUGCCCGCUGGUCCUCCCCACGCGCCCCCAGCCCUCCACCCUGCGCCCUCCGAAAACACAAGACCAACCGCAAGCCGCGGACUCCCUUCACCGCCGCGCAGCUGCUGGCGCUGGAGCGCAAGUUCCGCCAGCAGCGGUACCUGUCCGUCGCCGAGCGCGCCGAGUUUUCCAGCAGCCUGAGCCUCUCGGAGACGCAGGUCAAGAUCUGGUUUCAGAACCGCCGCGCCAAGGCCAAGAGGCUGCAGGACUCGGAGCUGGAGAAGCUCAAGCUGGCGGCCGAGCCGCUGCUGCCUGCGUUCGCCCUGCCGGUCGCCCUGGGCGCGCCCCUGCCUGGCUCCCCAGCCGGGUCCGCGGGCGCAGCCGGCUCCCUGCCUCGGGUGCCGGGACUCCUCGCCGCGCCGGUCGCUGCCUACCGCAUGUAUUACCUGUCCUAGGUCAAGCGGGGAGGGAGGGCGCGGGCAGCGAGCUGCUGGCUUCCCCGGCGGGGCCUGCGAGGUGGGUCCCCCGCGCCAGGGGCGCCGGCCCGCGGCGUGGUGUCCUCUCACGGAACUGCUGCUCCGGGGAGCCCCCCCACCCCGCACUUCUUGUUCUGUUUGGUUUUUCAGUUUUUAUGUUUCUGCUCUUGUUAAUACAUGUAUGACUGAUGCCU